CUUCUCUUCAGUUAGUCUUAGUCGCUCCGGGGCCCUACCAGGUGCUUUCCACGGCGGUCGUGCUGCCGUCCGACCGUGAGGCUUCGCGUCGCGUCGCGUCGCAGGCUGUCUGGCUCGCUGGAACGGCCCCUGCAAGACCAGCAGCAGCAGCAGGCAGGGGAGUUCGCCCUGCGAGUGCAACAAGCCAAAGUGCGAGGACGAAGGACCAAGUGGCGCGUGUGCGCGCGUGUGUGUGUUCGAGUGAGUGUGCGCGCGUGUAGUGCAUCAUCACCAUCAUGGUCGCAGGCUGUGGCGCCGGCCCCUGGAUUAACCAAGGAUGUGAUGUGUGGGGAUGAGCUGAGUGAGACGACCGCCGCAACAUGCGCCUCCAGCCCACGACAUGUCACAGCGCGAUUUGUCAGAGGUGGAACCAGAGGGGGAGCUGCCCGCGGCCAGCCGCACCCUCUUCCUGGAGCUGGUGCGACAGAGCAACGCCGCGUGCCAGGCCAGGGACUUCCCCAAGGCCGUGGCGCUGUACUCUGAGGGCCUCCAGCUCGACCCCAACAACCAUGUGCUCUACUCCAACCGCUCGGCGGCGCGCCUCAAGAUGGGCCAGUUCGCCCUGGCGCUGCAGGACGCGGCGCGCGCCACGGAGCUCAACCCCAAGUGGCCCAAGGCCUACUACCGGCAGGGCGUCGCCCUGCAGUGCCUCGGCAGGCACGGCGACGCCCUGGCCGCCUUCAGCUCGGGCCUAGCGCAGGACCCCAGGUCCUCGCAGCUGCUGGCCGGACUCAUGGAAUGCUCGGUCAAGAGCCCGCUCCGAGCGAAACUUGAGCCAACGUUCAAUCAGCUGGAGGCUAUGAGCCUCGACAAAAGUCCCUUUGUCAUCAUUUCUGUUGUCGGUCAAGAACUGCUAGGCGCAGGCCACUAUUCUGCUGCCGUUGUUGUUCUGGAGGCCGCAUUACGGAUUGGCUCAUGUAGCUUGAAGCUUAGAGGCUCUGUAUUUUCAGCCCUGUCCUCUGCCUAUUGGGCGCUCAAUUCAUUAGACAAGGCAAUUAACUACAUGCAACAAGAUUUGACGGUAGCUAAGAGUCUUGGGGACAUAGCUGGGGAGUGCCGAGCUCAUGGUAAUUUAGGUUCAGCAUAUUUUAGUCAAGGUUCAUUUAAAGAAGCUUUAACAUCGCACCGGUAUCAACUUGUCCUUGCAAUGAAGUGCAAGGAUUCUCAAGCUGCAGCCUCAGCUCUUACUAGUCUAGGACACGUUUAUACUGCUAUUGGAGACUAUCCAAAUGCUCUUGCAUCCCACAAGCAAUGUGUACAACUUGUAAAACAAAUGGGUGAUAAAUUGCAAGAGGCUAGAGAAAUUGGUAAUGUGGGAGCAGUUUAUUUAGCAAUGGGAGAAUUUGAAAGUGCAGUUGAUUGCCAUACACAACACCUCAGACUUGCUAGAAGAUUGGGUAACCAGGUUGAAGAGGCCCGUGCAUAUAGCAAUUUAGGAUCAUCUCAUCACUAUCGACGAAACUUUUCUCAAGCAAUCGCCUUUCAUGAGAAUGUGCUAAGAAUAGCUCAGGAAUUGGGUGAUCGUGCCAUAGAGGCCAGAGCAUAUGCAGGCUUAGGUCAUGCUGCUCGUUGUGCUGGUGAUUAUCAACAGGCUAAACGUUGGCAUGAAAGGCAGCUAGAUAUGGCUUUAUCAACUAGAGACAAAAUGGGUGAAGGUAGAGCAUGCUCCAAUUUGGGCAUAGUCUAUCAAUUAUUGGGUGAUAAUGAUGCGGCUCUCAAAUUGCACCAAGCGCAUCUAAGUAUAGCAAGAAUACUUCAAGAUAAAGCUGGUAUGGGUCGUGCCUAUGGAAACAUUGGCAAUGCAUACAGUGAUCUGGGAUUUUAUGAGCAGGCAAUAAAAUAUCAUAAACAAGAGUUGACAAUUUCCAAAGAAGUUAAUGACAGAAGUUCAGAAGCAUCUACUCAUGGGAACUUAGCAGUGGCGUAUCAGGCAUUAGGUGCUCAUGAAAUGGCCCUGCUUCAUUACCGAGCUCAUUUAAACAUAGCUCGUGAAUUGAAAGAUUCUGCUGGUGAGGCUUGUGCCUUGCUUAAUUUAGGUAACUGUUUAAGCUCAAGGGCUGAAUUUGCCCAAGCUGUUCCGUACUAUGACAACUACCUCAUGUUAUCCCAGGAACUCCAUGACAUUGAAGGAGAAGCUAAAGCUUGUCAUUUCUUGGGUUAUGCCCACUAUUGUCUUGGAAAUUUUCGUGAAGCAGUACGAUACUAUGACCAAGAUUUAGCCCUUGCCAAAGAUUUACAAGAUAAAAUGAAUAUGGGCCGAGCUUAUUGCAAUCUUGGCUUAGCUCACCUAGCCCUUGGAAACCUAGAUACUGCUUUGGAGUGCCAAAAAUACUUUUUAGCUAUAGCUCACAUGACGAAGCACUUGCCAGGGAAAUUCCGUGCUCUUGGCAAUAUUGGCGAUGUUUUAAUCCGCACAGGGGAUGUUGGAGAGGCACUGAAAAUGUACCAGAGGCAACUUUCUAUUGCGAGACAAGGAAAUGAUCGGGGAUUAGAAGCUGCAGCCUAUGGUGCAUUAGGUCUGGGACACCGCCUCUUGAGAUGUUUCGAUAAGGCUCUGGGGUACCACACCCAGGAGCUGACUCUUCGUCAAGAAAUGAGUGACUUGAAGGGUGAGUGCCGAGCACAUGGGCACCUGGGAGCUGUGCAUAUGUCUUUAGGAAACUAUACCAAUGCAAUCAAGUGUUACCAAGAACAGUUAGAACGUGCCAAAGAGCUAAGAGACAGUGCUGUAGAGGCUCAAGCUUUGGGCAAUUUGGGAAUAGCACGAUUAAAUAUGGGCCAUUAUGAAGAUGCCAUUGGGUACUUGGAACAACAGCUAGCUACUUUGCAGCAACUUUCUGCUCCAACAUCAUUACUAGACAAGGGUCGUGCUUUUGGAAACCUGGGUGAUUGCUAUGAUGCUUUAGGUGAUUUUGAAGAAGCUGUGAAAUGCCACGAGCAACAUCUUUCCAUAGCUCUCAAGCUGAAGAGUGCCAGGGAUCAAGAAAGAGCAUACAGAGGACUAGGUCAUUCUCAUAAAAGCCUAGGAAACCUUCAACAAGCAUUGGUUUGCCUGGAGAAACGGCUAGUUGUUGCUCAUGAACUCAGCAGUGCAGAGGCAAAGGCUGCUGCUUACGGAGAGUUAGGCCAUAUCCACAAUACUCUAGGAAAUUAUGAACAAGCUAUUUCUUGUCUAGAACAUCAACUUGCUAUUGCUAGAGAUUUAAAAGAUAAAGUUCUUGAAGCGGAAGCUUCCUCUGGACUUGGGAAAGUCUAUCAGCAAAUGGGUGACUAUGUCACCGCUCUCCGUUAUCAUCAGAUGGACUUGGACAUAGCCGAAGAACUGGGACUGGCUGCUCUGCAAGGAAGAGCUUAUGGGAAUAUUGGAACAGUGCACGAAUCUUUAGGAAACCUUCAAGAAGCCAUAAGGUACCAAGAGCAGCAUUUAUCGGUGGCCGCCCAGACUAAUGACAAAUUGGCCAAAACUGUGGCAUGCAGCUGUCUGGGGCGUAUCCACCAUGCCCUGGGCAACACACAGGCUGUGGCAUACCUGCAGCAGGGGCUGCAAAUGGCAGCACAUCUUGGCAGAAGAGAAGAAGAGGCAAGAAUCAGGCACCGCCUUGGACUUGCCCUGUGGGGACAUGGCGAUUUGGAAGGUGCUCAAACGCAGCUGGAGCAGGCGGCUCAUCUCCUUGAAGCCAUAAGGAGAGAAGCUCGUGGGUCCAGUGACUACAAGCUGUCACUAUUUGAACUUCAGACAGCAUCUUACCAGGCCUUGCAGAGGGUGUUAGUGACCAUGGGCCGUCCUGAAGAAGCUCUUCUGGUUGCGGAAAGAGGGCGGACAAGAGCGUUUGUCGACCUUCUGCUGGAAAGACAGGGCUUUGCUUCUCAAGCUGCGCCAAAGUCAAACCACAAUUCCGUAAUAUCAAUAGUUCAGCCGUCAGGAAAAGGCACUCACUCAGCAACAGAAGCACUUACGGCUGCUGCCAUUGCAUCAGCGAGAGUUGAUGAUAGUACACCCACAUCGGUAGAACAACUGGUCGACAUAGUCAACAGGCAAAAGGCAUCUGUGCUUUAUUAUUCCCUGGCUGCAGGGUUCUUGUAUGCUUGGUUUAUUGUCCCUGGAAAAGGUAUAGUUAAGUUCCACCAAGUAGCAAUAAGUGAAGUGGAGGUGGGUCCUGAUAGCAGCCCAGAAGAAACACUCAAUGCCUCUGGAUCUUUAGUAGAACAUUACGUCCAAAGUGUUCGUGAAAGCUUGGGAGUAGAGCUUCAAGCGUCGAAUGUGUCAAGUAACUGUGAUCUGGAUGAUCCCGACUCCGCUGAUGUUUGGUCUCAGCAUCUGGAAGAUGUUGGAGAUCGUGCAAGCUUCAUGCGCAUGGUCAACAGAAAUCAUAUUUUCAACUCCAGUAACUACAGCCUCAGUAGUUUAUUCAGCCUUGGUAGUGUUGGUGGCAGUGUUGCCAGUGGGCCAGCCUCUCGCCCCGGCAGCACCCGCAGCACUCGCUCGCGCCGGCCCGCGGUGGCACAGUGGCAGGGACCUUCUUGCCUUGCUGCUUUGUACCAGCUCCUCAUUGCUCCCUUCGAAGACUGCUUGCCUUCCACUGCAGCCAAAUCUUCAUCAAGCUCGACCAAGGGAAGUAAUUAUGGUCGACGUGAAAUUCUUCUAGUCCUUGAGGGCGAUCUGAAUCUUGUGCCCUUCCCUGUUUUGAAACCAAAUGGUGGUAUGACCACUGUCAGUGAUUCUGGAAGUAACAGCGACGGAAAUGGAGUCUCCACAGAAUACAUGUGUGAGCGCUUCAGUCUUCUGGUAGUGCCUUCCCUCACAGCUCUUAGGGCCAACCAAAGGUCUGCUAGGGCAGCCAUGCUGGCUGCUAACAAAAACAAUGAUGGACAACAGAGCUCAAACAAUGUGACUGCCCUUGUUGUUGGAAAUCCUCGUCUGCCCAGCUGUAUUACUGAACAGUGGGGUUGGGGAGACAUUCCUUAUGCUGAGCAAGAGGCUGCCAUGGUUGCUGAAAUGCUGCAGUCCACUGCUCUAAUUGGGACACAGGCCAAUAAGGAAUCAGUAUUGCAAAAGAUGAGUAGUGCUGAGUGUGUGCACUUAGCUACGCAUGUAUCAUGGAAACUGUCAGCAGUAGUACUCUCUCCUGGUGAAGUCUUGGAUUCUCAACCUUCCAAGCCAGGGAGUGGAAGGUUCUUCCCCAGCGGUCAGUCAACUGGCUCAGAGGGCAGCCAAGAGGCCUGUGAUGAAGAAAGCUCUGAGUUGUCAUCCACUUUGGAGCUGCCCCCUAUGUCAGAAUUUUUACUGACCGCUGCAGACCUGCUGAGCCUUCGUCUUACAGCGAGGCUUGUGGUUGUUAGUUCAUGCCACACUCGGGACCAGCAUGGCUGGGCAAGUGCAGAUGGUGUACUGGGUCUAACACGUGCCCUUCUUGCUGCUGGAGCUCAGUGUGUCCUGGUAUCCUUGUGGCCUGUUCCGGACACUGCCACCAAAAUACUGCUUCGUGCUUUCUACUCAGCUUUACUGCAGGGUUCUAGAGUUAGCAAGGCAUUGGCAGAAGCAAUGCAGACUGUCCAGCAUACUAAGCACUUUGGCCAUCCUGCCAAUUGGGCUGGAUUUGUGUUGGUUGGUGCUGAUGUCAGGCUGUCGAACAAAGUUGCUCUGAUGGGGCAAGCUUUGUGCGAGCUUUUGAAAACACCUGAUAAAUGCCGGGAUGCUCUUAGAGUGACAUUACAUUUGGUUGAGAAAUCACUGCAGCGUAUUCACAGAGGACAAAAGAACGCCAUGUAUACUACUCAAAAGUCAAUUGAAAACAAAGUGGGAUCAGUCAGUGGUUGGAAAGAUCUCCUUAUGUCUGUUGGGUUCCGGUUUGAACCAGCAGCGAAUGGAAUCCCAUCAUCCGUCUUCUUCCCUCAAAGUGACCCUGAGGAACGUCUCACACAGUGUAGUGCUAGUUUACAGGCACUUUUAGGUCUUACUGGAACUUCCUUGUCAGCCCUUUCUAAAUUAAUGUCAAAUGUAGAAGUGGCUGACGACAUCAUUAGUGUUGUGCGACAGGUUAUAGGACAAUUUAGCAUGAAGAACAUUGAGGCAGAGAGCAUAGAGGUGCCAAUCGGAGUUAAGCUUUGGCAGGUUCCUGGUUGCCAUGAACUACUGGCUUCUUUAGGUUUUGACCUAAUGGAAGUUGGUGCUGACGAAGUUACACUGCGCACCGGUAAACUAGCCAAUCGUCGCAACAUCCAAUUUGUCCUUCAAGCUUUGUUGGCCCUCUUUGACACUCAAGAAGCACCCAAGAAUUUGAGCGUGGACUCCUCCAGCUCGCUGGAGAGCCUCAACUCUCUGGACGCCGGAGGCGAGGACGACCUGCUGGAAGGGUCCAGCCCCACCAACGUGUCUGGAAGCGUGCCGGACCAUCCGGCUCUGCUGCCACAUGCACCCCCGGUCCCUGCCCGGCCCAGGCCUCUGCCGCCGCCGGGCCACCGGUCCACGGUGACGGCCUUCACCAGCUACGUGAGGAGGCGAGGGGAGCCCGACGGCCGCACCGCCAACGCCGGCGAGAACGCUGCGUCCUCCGUCACCUCCGUGGCUGCGAUCACCAAGCCCCUCAUCAGUGGUGCAUCCUCCUCAAGCAGCAACAGCCGCUUGCUGAUCGGGCGUCCGGGCGGGGGUGGUGAGAGUGACGCCGCCUUCACUCCAAGUCCACCUGUUGCUGACCUCAGUGCCUGCGUCGCAACACUCACUCUUGCUCAUCAGAACAGGAUUCGCACCCUUUACAGCAACAAUAAUGACGGCUCGUCUCCAAUUGGUGAUGGAGCAGGCACUUCAACCUUGCCCCUUGCUGUCGCUUAUCACCACCGAAGACCGGAUUCUUCUAGUUCGGCUAGUUCUGCCACAGACUGGGAAGGAAAUGGACAUAGCACGGUUCUAAGACGAGUUGGUAAUGUGGCAGCCAACCUGCCUCCUCUUCCACCCUUACCGACAACUCGCCAGCCACCUCCACCGCCUCCACCAAUGGUCGACCCGCUCCAUCCUCUGACUCCUCUAAUGUACAACAGUGCCCUUGGCUUCGAUUCCCCAAGUUCGGACUCAGAAUUUGGAUCCAAUGUCCAUACUAAGGCUCACUCCACCCCUAAGUCUACAUAUCGAGGAAUGAGAUCUCGACAGAGCAGCAAUGCGAUUGCUCAGGGAAGUCAGAACUCUUUGCCUGAUAGGCUUAGUGUUUCAACAGAGUUAGGCAAGAACAUUGAAUCGAGAAAACCCAUGCUUUCACUAGCCCCAGAUGAUGAUGUAGUUAUUCCCAGUGAAGCCUCUGCACUAUUUUUCCAAAGUCAAGUUAAAGAACAACCAGAUGGCCAGAAGAAGUCUUGCGUUCCUUCUGCAGAUCCAUCUAGACCAGGUGCUGGUAUGCAGGACCAAAUAAUGGCCUCACAGUUAAGGCAUCUCAGCAGGGAAUUGACACCCACCAUUUCAGAUGUUUAUCAUGAGAGAAACCUUGGCUUAGGCUUAGCUCCACCCCUCUCUCAACUUUUGACUGCUCGUAAUCUGCAAGAAUCGUUGAGAGAAACUGAUGAUGGUCUAGAUAAAUUGGGCUUGAUAACUUCUACUAUAUCUGAAGAAAAUUCUAGUUGUAGCAGCAAAACUACUGAAGGGUCUACCAAAACAAAACCCUGGCUUUCUUCUGCUGCACUUCAAAGAUUCUACCAUACUGAGGGCAGUGAACUCCUUAAUGGGGACCGAGAAAAUAAAGCUCGAUCAAAUGGUUCUCCAUGCAGUGAGCUCAGUCGACGUGAUGAAGGAGAUGGUCGGUCUAUUGCUGAUUCCCAAUGUAGUGCUGGCAGCUAUAAGAAAACUUGCAACAUGAACAGCAUUCCCCAUCGAUCCAAAGGCAGCUCAGGGUGCUUCUAUAGCCAAGACAAAGAGGAAACUAAAGAGGAAUGUGCCAGACCUAUAGUGCCAGUCUCUGUCGCAGAUCAAGGCAUACAACAAGGAUCUAGUAUUCCUGUAGUCCCAAUGCCCCGCAUGAGAUCCUCCAAGCAUCACCCCCCUCCUCCUCCACCUCCAAUACCCAAUGGCAGGAAGGCUUUCCCUGGAGGCUUUAUUCCUAUGUCUCAACAAACAUCAUCUGCUCCGUCCAAAUGCUAAGUUUUGAUUGAACUGAAGUCCCCUUGUGAGUGCCAAUUCCAGUUUAACAUGUAACAGUUUGGUUUUCAUUUUUCUCCUGAUUGAUACCAACUGUUCUGUUAAGAUUAGCUAUUCUUAAUGAAAUACGACCCAUCUACCUGAGUCAAAGUUAGUAUAGUAAUUAAAUUGUCUGUGAUAUGAAUUAUAAAUUUCUCUUCAUAAUGGUAAUAUGUGUAAAUAUAACUAUUUUUAUAAAAUCAAGGAAAGAAAAUGAAUCAUAUAUUGUAUUGUACAUAUAGCUGAAACUUGUGUAUUAAUGUACAGCAUAGAAAUAAAUUCAUGUUAACAUAUUGACAAA